AUGACUCCAGCACUGUGGGAACUGUUGUGUUGUUUGAGCCUCCUGUCAUCGGGGACUCUGUCACAGAGCGACCGGCAGAUCCACACCAUCAGUCCUUUUAUCCCACGAGUGUCCCCGCAGGUCCCUCCGAGGGUCCAUCAACGCUUGCGAGACGUCAAAUCUCUCGAACAAACCUCUGACGAAGAACCCAGCGCAGAAACCUUUCAAGAGCUUCAGCUGGCUGAUCAAGCAGCGCCAGGAGACCGCAGCUACCUGACGCAGGAGAGACGCAGAGCUGUACCUGGAGCUGGGGGCACUAACUCCAGGUUUCUUCAGCCAUCCCAGCAGCAGACACCUAAGAGAAGCCGGCCACUGCAACACAGAGCUGCACCCAGUGCAUCAUGGGAGUCUGCUCAAGACUCGAGAGGCCCCGCUGCAUCCAUCAGAGCCAGCGCAGCAACAAGGUCCAACUGCAGAAACCGGCCCAUAGACUUGGUGUUCAUCAUCGACAGCUCCCGCAGUGUCCGCCCCGCCGAGUUUGAGAAGGCCAAAGAGUUCCUGGUAGACAUGGUGGACAGCCUGGAGAUCGGCUCGGACGCCACACGAGUCGGCCUGGUCAACUACGCCAGCACGGUGAAGAUUGAAUUUCUACUGAAGACUUAUUUUGACAAGUCGGCCCUGAAGCAGGCGCUGGCCCGUGUGGAGCCCCUUGCUUCAGGCACCAUGACGGGCAUGGCCAUCAAAACUGCCAUGGAGAAAGCUUUCACCGCCGAGGCAGGGGCGCGAGCCGGAGCCAUGACCAUCACCAAAGUGGCCAUCAUAGUGACGGACGGGCGGCCCCAGGACAAAGUGGAGGAAGUGUCGGCAGCAGCUCGGACGUCUGGGAUCGAGAUCUACGCGGUCGGGGUGGACAGAGCGGAUAUGGUGUCCCUCCGCCUCAUGGCCAGCCAACCACAUGACGACCAUGUCUUCUAUGUGGAGACCUAUGGGGUCAUUGAGAAGCUCACCUCCAAGUUUAGGGAAACCUUGUGCGGUUUGGAUGCAUGUGCUCAGGGACACAGCUGCCAGCACAUUUGUGUCAACAAUGAAAACUCAUACGACUGCAUGUGUCGUGCAGGAUACGUCCUCAACACGGACAAGAAAACGUGCAAACGUUCAGAUACAUGUGCCCAGGGACAUGACUGCCAACAUAUUUGUGUCAGCACUGAUGACUCGUACAUCUGCAAAUGUCGAGCGGGAUAUGUGUUAGACGCAGACCAGAAAACUUGCUCACGUUUAGGUUUGGAUGCAUGUGCCCAGGGACAUGACUGCCAGCACAUUUGUGUCAACAAUGGGAACUCCUAUGUCUGCAAGUGUCGAGUGGGAUACAUGCUGAACAUGGACCGGAAAACGUGCUCACGUUCAGAUGCAUGUGCUCAGGGACAUGACUGCCAACACGAUUGUAUCAACAAUGGCGACUCGUACAACUGCAAGUGUCGAGUGGGAUAUGUGUUGAAUGCAGACCACAAAACAUGCUCACAGGAAAUGCGGAGUGAAAUAACCGAAGAUGCCUGCAUGUGUGAAGCUCAGAUGUUGUUCCAGAAGAAAGUUCAGUCAACGAUUCAGGAGCUGAGCAGAAAACUUGAUGAACUUUUACAAAAAGUGAACUUCAUGGAGGGCCAGCAGCAGUAUUAGGAAGCAAGAUGAUAAAAGACAUGUUCUGGACUACCCAACAGUUUGACAACGGGAAGGCAUCUGUCUAGCUCUGUCCAUUUGGUCUGCAUAGCAGGCUAUUGCUUUCUGAUGCAAUGUACUGUAAACAUUAUGGUUUUGUAUUAUAAAUGUGCAUUUACCAGUUAUCGGACUUCUUACAGUAAAGUAUGGUGUAACUGGUGUAUAAUGUUAAAAUACUUCUGUAUAUUUGUAAUAAAGGCUUCAUUAUAUCCAAAAGUGUAAAUCAAUUAAUUUACAAGAUAAACCUUAGGGAAUUUAUAGAAAAAAUAGGGGAGUACUUUGUAAGAUUGUUAAACAUAUCAAAAGUAUGAAUGAUUAUAGCGGGAACGUGUUGACAACACAUCCUUGUUGUGUUUUCAGUGCUCUGACAGCAUUUCUUGGUUGGUGAUGGUGCUUUGUAGAACAAAAAGCCUUCGUCCGUGACCGUGGCACAAUUAACUAAUCUCUUUCAACAACAGGAGCAUUGUUGUUACCCUUCUGGUUGCAGCUUUAUUACACAGAGAAAAGAUCCCCCAAAAAAAGAGCCUGAUCCACUUGGCCCCAUAGCUGUUACAUCACAGUGUAUUAUUGCAAUCCUCUCCUGUGAUAUCUGAAGUAUUUCAAUAACUUCAUUGCACGGCAAUAAUUGUUUGUAACAGACUGGUACAAUUGUUUAAGGGGGAAAAAACAACAACAACAAUUGCUUGUUUGUAGCCAUUUAGGACUUUUUCAAUGCUCCCUUUCAAACCAUAAGAUUGUGAGUUAAUAUCCACUCAGUUUUUUUGUGACUCAUCAAAACUGUUGUUCAGAGUUUCAUUCUACACAUGCAUGUACUGUAUUUUGUACUUAUCAUUACCAUGGAACCACAGAUGA